AUGGUGAACAUGAAUAAUCGUGGUACAGAAGUGAUCGUUGAUGAAAAUGAGAUAGACAGAAUCUCUGAUUUGCCCAUGGAUAUCCUCGAUGAAAUAUUCAAGGAUAUGUCAUUUCAAGAAUUGGUAAAAACAUGUGUUUUGUCCAAGAAGUGGGUACAAUUUUGGACUAUGCAUCCAAUACUAAUUCUAGAUUGGGAGUUCUUUGAAGAGAAAAGUGGUACUAUAGGAUUGAUUGAAAAUGGUUUUAGUAAUAUGAUUGGCAACAUUCUCUUGCAUCAUGUUGGAUCCCUAGUCAAAUUUUUCCUUGAUUUGUCAACUAUUGAUUGUAAUGAUAGGGACCUUGACCAUUGGUUGUUAUGUGUAACAAGUAAACGCGUCAAAGAACUUACCCUAAAAAAUCACAAACGCAAACGCUAUACAUUGCCUUUUUGUGUAUUUGAUUGUCCAACUCUCACAUAUCUAGAUGUCACAAAUUUCAUAGUUAAACCACCUUCUCCCAAAGCAUUAUUCCCAAAUCUACUUGAAUUGACCUUGAAGUUCAUCAAAUUUUGCCCAGACAAAGCAAAUUAUGUCUUGAAUACCCCAUUACUUUACUCUUUAACGUUCAUUGCUUGCAAUGGCGUUCAUUUCCUCACCAUAUCUGCUCCUAGGAUCCAGUUCUUGACCGUUCAUGAUAGUCAUGACAUUCACGCAAGUUUUUUUGAUAACUUGUCAAAUGCUAGGGAGUUGUUCAUGGUAUUAGAUGUCUGUGAAGAAUCUAAAAGUUAUGAGCAAGAGAGGUUCAUUACAUGGUCGCGUCUUCUUUAUUUGUGCUCUAACCUAACAAGGCUUGUUUUGAGUAAUUCUUGCAUUCAGGUUGUCAAUAACUUGAGUGAAGAAAACAUAGAUGAAGUUACACAUUAUUUGGAAGAUCCAAAUUGUGUUGACAAACAAUUUGAGAAGCUUGAAUUUGUAGAGCUAAGAGAGUUUGAGGGGACACAAUUUGAACUCCUUUUCUUAAAGCUCAUAUUUGCAUAUUCCCCUUCACUUUCAAGGAUGAUUGUUGAACCUUCUGAUGAACUUGAUGUAGCUGAGGUAUUGAAUUUGUACGAAGAAUUGAGGAUGUCCUUAAAAGCAUCACCAAGAGCAAAAGUCAUCAUAACACCUCAUGGUCAAGAUGUGUAA